UUGAUGUACUAGUACGAAGGAUACAUGUUCUGGUGUACGUCUAUCUAUAAGAUGCGGCAUCCAAGCGAAGGAUCAUUGUGCUAAUCCAACCAGACACUUCAGCCAUGUCGAGCGUAUACGCUUGCAUGUUGUUCCUAUUCUUUGUCGUGCUAAAUCCGGUGAGCCUCGCCGCCGGCGCCACCAACAGCAGCGGUGCGGCUGGAUUCAGCCUGCCCCUCGUGCCCCACUACCGCACUGAAGCUGGCAUACUCGAGGAGCUCCUGCCGGAAGGUGAUGCCGAGGGCGGCGUGAACAUCACGUCCAUACGCCCCAAGAUGAUCCCAUUGACGGGGCCUGUCUACAGCGUCCACGUCGGCGUUGGCAGCGGCGAAACCCAGCACUUCUACAAGCUCGCGCUCGAUCUCGUCCACCCCCUAACGUGGAUGAGGUGCCAUCCAUGCAUACCGGAGAAGAAGCAGGACGGCUCCAUCUUCAACACUGCCGUCUCCCCUCAUUACCACUUCAUUGCGUCCACAGACCCUCGUUGCACGGCUCCGUACAAGCGCGCCGGCCAGGGGCGGGGCCGGUGCAUCUUCGACGUCAAGUUCCAGUACGAGGGCUCAAGAGCGCACGGCCUCCUUAGCACCGACAACUUCGUCUUCGACGGCAGUGGCCCCGGCAGCCCCAUCAGCGAAGUGGACGGCCUUGUCUUCGGCUGCGCGCACACAACGCACAACUUCAUUAACCAUGACGUCUGGGCCGGCGUCAUGAGCCUAAACAGGCACCCGACCUCCUUCAUCCGGCAGCUCUCGGACCGCGGACUCGCCGCCUCGUGCUUCUCGUAUUGCCUCGUCGGCAAGGAGCACGACAAGUGGCGUGGCUUCCUCCGGUUUGGCGCCGACAUCCCGGACCAGUCGCACGCACGGAGCACAAAGCUGCUGCACGGGGAACUCGCCCAAGGAGGAGGCAUGUACUACGUCCGCCUCGACGGCAUCAGCCUGGGAGGGCGAAGGCUCACGGCGAUCACGCCGGCGAUGUUCGAACGCAACCCGCACAGCCUCCAUGGUGGGUGCAUCCUGGACGUUGGGACGGCGGACACCUUGAUGACCCCGGCCGCGUACCAUGUCCUGGAGGCCGAGGUCGUGGCGCACAUGCACAGCCGCGGGGUGCACCGCGCGACUGUGCCGGGGGUGCAGAAGCUCAAACUCUGCUUCCACGGGACGUGGCAGAGUAUCCGCGCGCACUUACCGAGCGUGACGCUCCACUUCUACCCGGAAUCGGCCAUGCUCUUUAUCAAGCCGGAGUUGCUGUUCGUGGCAGUAACGCACGAGCAUACGCAUUACGCUUGUUUCGUCGUCACUCCGUACGCAGAGAGGACGGUGUUUGGCGCGGGGCAGAUGUUGGACACACGGUUCACGUUUGACCUCCAACACAACCGGCUCUUCUUUGCUCCGGAGGAUUGCCAUCUAGACACUAGCGCAGUUAGCUAGCUAGCUACGUCCCUAUAUUAUCGGUUCGCGCGAGACUUGUGUGAAAGUAAUGAAUAAAUGUUUUUGCAAUGGAAAA